UAUAAAAGCGGCAGUGGCAAUGACAGUGGCAGUUACGCUUGCAGACUCUCCUCCCUCCUCCCAUUCAAGUCCCCUCCUGGGGAUGCUCUCUGCGGCUCCAUUGUAGCAGAUCACCCUCAGGUGCUAAUUCAGCCUUUAUCGUUGUAUAUAAGCUUAAGAUUUAAGCAUCUUACCUUAAAAAUAACAUAACUUACAUGAUUUGCUCCAUUUUAUGAUAAAAUGGUGGUUUCUGAAGAGUCUGGAAGCGAUGGCUAUGAUCACAAUGGUAAUGACAACAUGGAACUUGAUCUGCCGCUAGAACAACAAGAAGGAUUGUCGAAAGACAGCUCUCACCCUUCAAUGAAUAGUACUAAACACAACUCCAUAUUCUCACUCACUCUUGAUGAAAUUCAAUGCAAGAGUGGGAGGAAUUUCGGGUCCAUGAACAUGGACGAGUUCCUUGCCAACAUUUGGAGCGUCGAAGAAGACCAAGAACCAAGCAAAGGUGAUCAAGAUUCUGCCAAUGAGAAGGACACAACUUUCCAGCCCAAGACUUUGUCUCGACAGGGCUCGUUCUGUAUUCCCACCCCGCUCUGCAAGAAAACUGUAGAUGAGGUGUGGUCUGAAAUUGACAAAAGUCGACCACGAUUCCAUGACCCCAGCAGCAGCAUUGGCAGUUCUGGUCCUUCUGGACCUCCGCAGCGCCAGCAAACAAUCGGAGAAAUUACCCUAGAAGAUUUCCUUGUAAAAGCCGGGGUUGUUCAAGAGUCGCCGUCCAAGUCCAAGCCUUCUGAGAAGAGAGUGGCAAGCACCCCAAUUCAACUGCAUUGUGGUAACAGAUUUGAUGCAGAUUUUGGAAUUGGGGGGCAAGUGUUUGCCUCAGCAUUUUUAAACCCCCAAAACGCUAUGGAAAACGAAUUAUUUUCCGGAAAUGGAUAUCCAAUUGGUACUACAUACCCAAUGUUUGGUACACAGAGCAUGGGAGAAUCAUUUUGUCUUAGUGACAUUGAGAAAUGUCAUAGUUUGCCAGAAUCGAGUAGCGGGGGUGGGGCAAAGAACAAGAAGAGGAUCAUAGACGGUCCACCAGAGGUAGUAGUGGAGCGGAGGCAACGCAGGAUGAUCAAGAAUCGAGAGUCUGCGGCUAGGUCUCGUGCCAGGAAACAGGCAUACACUGUGGAAUUGGAAGCUGAGUUGAAUCAACUUAAAGAGGAGAACACAAGGCUGAAGCAAAGUGUGGACGAGUCUGAAAAAAGGCGCAAGCAAGAGGUAUUGAGGAGGAAGGAGAUUAAACAAUCCACAAGAGCACAAAAGUUGGCAGAAAAGUUGAGGACAAUGAGGAGGGCUGUAAGCUUGCCGUAGUGAAUGAAAUUCAAAGUGGCAAAAAGGGCACACAAGGUGGCAAAAAGUUGAUCAAGAAAAUAUGUAAAUUGUAUUUGUAAUAUGUAGCAACAAGGGAAUUGGUGUCAAUUUUCAUACGUAGGAUAUGGUUGUAGAAAUAAGUGGAUGAUGCUGCAAUAAUAAAAUGAAUAAAGUGGGACUAGCCCAAAUCAGUAUAUAUUUUUAUCAAGAAA